UCUAGCAAGCAUCAAUAAUCAAUUACAAACAAAACCCAUAUGGCUUUCUCAUACUACAUUUUGCUCUUACUAUUCUUGUGCACUUGCAGUUGCAGAGCAGAUCGUUUGGGAGAGUUUUGUAAUAAAGACACUAACAUAAGUGGCAAUACCCAUAUAUCAGCAAAUAUUGAUGCCUUGUUGGCUAAAUUAGUUUCUGGGACUGCUUCAUCUGGCUAUAUUGCUACUUCCUAUGGAAAAGAUCAAGAUAAAGUCUAUGGACUGUCACAAUGCAGGGGAGAUGUGAGCAGCAAAGACUGCUCCAAUUGUAUCCAAGAUGCGUCGAAGCAAAUCCGGCAACUCUGUCCAGACCAGGCUGAUGCCAGGAUUUGGUUUGAUUACUGCUUUCUACGCUACAACGACAAGAAUUUCAUCGGUAAUAUUGAUACAUCCUUUGCUAUAUUCUAUUUUAAUGUUGAGAACGUGACGGAUCCUGAAGAAUUUAAUAAACAACUUGGAGCACUGAUAGACCAAAUUAGAGCACAAGCUGUAGAGCCUAAGAAUCAAGGGCUAGGAAAAGGAGAGACAAAGUUAUCACCACUAGUGACACUAUAUGCAUUGGUGCAGUGCACAAGGGAUUUACCUCAGAUAGAUUGUGCUCAGUGCCUGGCUAUUGCAGUUGGAAACUUCCCAAACUUCUGUGACAACCGGAAGGGUUGUCGAGCUCUGUAUAGCAGUUGUUAUGUUCGCUAUGAGCUCUAUCCAUUUUUCUUUCCAAUUGACUCGAACAAAAGGAUGGCUGAAACUUCAAUGGUAGUGGUUCACCAAUAAUUCCUGGGACAACUUUAUUUCAAUGUAUGAUUUCCCUUCUAUAUGCAAUCAAUGUAUGCAUGAGAUAAAAAUAUAUACCUGUUAUGCAACAAGCAUGACUGCUAUAUACCGGCCAACCUCUCUUCAGGGGUGAGGUCGUGUGCCUGUCAUGCAACUGUCUUCUUCA